GGAUCAAACUAUGUGGGCAUGUUUAGCUGCUAUGGCAGUUGCCAACAAAGACAUGGCUACAGCGGAAAUCGCCUAUGCAUCAAUUGGUGAGAUUGACAAAGUUCAAUAUAUCAAUUCCAUCAAAGAUCUUCCAUCCAAAGAGUCGAGGAUGGCUCAUACACUGCUGUUCAGUGGAAACACCCAAGAAGCCGAAACCCUGCUUCUGCAAACAGGCCUUAUUUAUCAAGCUAUUCAAGUCAACAUUAAUCUUUACAACUGGGAUAGGGCUCUAGAACUAGCAGUAAAGCACAAGACACAUGUUGACACAGUCCUGGCUUAUCGACAAAAGUUCCUAGAGGACUUUGGUAAAAAAGAAACGAACAAAAGAUUUUUGCAAUAUGCAGAAGGUCUGGAAGUGGAUUGGAAUAAAAUCAAAGCCAAAAUAGAGAUGGAAAUCGCUAAAGAAAGAGAACGAGCAGCAGCCGGUCCCGCAGUGAGAGCCAGUGUAACUGUACAGCAAUAGCUGUCCUUUUGGUCACCUUAAUAAGUGCUUCUUGAAGAUUUUGUACUGGCAUAUUUUGGCAAACAUAAAUGAAAAAAGCCACAGCGAACAUUUUGUGGGGAACAGGAGUGAGAAUUGGUGUAGUUCUUGUUAAUGGUC